AUGUCUAAAUUUAAAGAUUAAGCUACAUCUUCUCAAAUAGGAUGUGGUUGCUUUGGUAGUUCCAAAUAAAAAAACAUGUAUAUAUUUACUUUUGUUUUUAGGAUAAAGUUCUCUCACAUUCAAGUAGAUGAUGAGAUUGUAUCUGCAUAAAUUAUUUUGGAAAUGAUAUACAGAGGCUAAAAUGCUGGAUAAGUUUUGUCUCGUUGUAGACUUAAUCCUAAUUUAGUCUUACUUUAAUUUAGAAAUGAUUUAGAGUACUUUAUCCCAUAACUAAUCAACCAAAUUUUAUUAAAAUAGCUUGAAUAUUUGCUUAAAUUUAUUAUCAAAGCUGCAGAAGUGGAUUUCUUCUUUGCCCAUACCUUCUUUUUUGCGUGGAGAUCCAUUAUAAAUGAUGCCUUUCCUGAAAAUGAAAAUUAUUUAAGGCUAUUUUUAUCAACUUUAGAUAGAAUUUAUAAAAAAACACUUUUAAUUGCUGCUUAUUUUGAGAACUAUUAAUUUAAUGAUGGUAUAGAGUAACAAGUGUCUAAAGGCAUGCCUAUUGUAUAAUAAGUUAGUAAAUUACCUGAUAGAAUCCAAGAAUAUGGCACACUAUUUUACUCUAAUCAUGUUUUUAAUGAUACAUUAAAUCUAACUAAUUAUGAAUCAAAUUUCAGAGAAGCUAAAUCAUCAGGAUUUUGUUCAACGAUUGAUUUCUGGGAUGAUAUUAUCUAUAUUUCCUAAAAGUAAUUAAUUUAGUAAAGCUUUAUAGUUUACAUUUGGCAAAUCCUAAAAUAAUCUCUCUUAAAGCAGAUAUUUAAAAAAUAAAUAGAAAUUUACCAGCUGCAGUUUAUAUUCCAUUUUAAGGAGUGAGAAAUUAUGUAGUUCUUAAUAUAGUUGUUGAUGAAUGCAGAGUAUUUGAAACAAAAUGUACAUCCCCAUUUUACUUGUGUCUUGAAAUUUAUAGACCUGAAGAAGAAGCUGAAUUAAUUCCUAAUCCUUAAAGAAAUAGUCUUAUGUCUAUGGCAAAAACAGUAGGGAAAAUGGAUAAUAAAAAUUACAGUGAAAAUAAUGAAACUUAAGAUUGUACAAGGAAUAGACCUACUUAUCUUUGUAAAAUAAUUGAAGUAGAGGUAGAUGCUGAAGAAAGUAGGGAAGAUUUUUCAUAAUUCAGCAAUAUCUUAAAAGAUAACGAAUUCACUCAAUCAUACUAUUAAGAUUUAAAUAAUUUAGUAUCAAUAUAUAAUAAUACUGAUAACGCUAAAAAAUUAAAUAAAAUGUCAAAAAAAGAAUUAACAGAUACUAUUUAUGGAUGUGACAAUUCAGAUAAAAUAAGAUGCAAUUCUCCAUUUCGAAAUUUCAAAACAUGGAAAUUAGUACAUCUUAUUGUUAAAUCGGGGGAUGAUUUAAGAUAAGAACAAUUUGCUAUGCAAUUGAUAUCAACAUUUGAUUAGAUAUUUAAUAUAGAGUAGCUAAAACUAUAAUUAACAACAUACGAAGUCAUAUCAUUAGGUCCUGGUUAUGAUUUAAUUGAAGUAGUAAAGGAUGCGCUAUCGAUCGAUUCAAUAAAAAAAAAACUUAAUGAUAUUUUACAAAUAAAGAGUUUGAGUUAAUAUUUUAAGUAAUUAAUUGUUAUAAUUAGAUUAAACUCAUCACAAGCAAUGUUAUCAAAUUUUUUAAAUAGUUUAGUAGCUUACAGUUUGGUUUGUUAUUUUUUAUAAAUCAAAGAUAGAAAUAAUGGAAACAUUUUAUUACAUAGAGAUGGUUAUAUAAUUCAUAUAGAUUUCGGAUUUUUGUUAUCCAGUGAUCCAAAAGGUAAUAUAGAGAAAGAAGUACCUUUUAAAAUGACAGAAGAAUAUGUAGAUAUCUUAGGAGGAUUUGAAUCUAAUUUAUUCAUGAGAUUUAGAAAAAUGUUUUUUGAAGGAUUCAAAGCAAUUAGAAAGCAUAAGGACAAAAUAAUAUUGUUGGUCAAAAUGAUGGAGAAUUCCAACUUGAAUUGUUUCAAAGACAAAACUAUAACUGAUUUAGAGUAGAGAUUCUUACAAGAUGAUCUCUCGGAUACAUAAUUGUAUGUUUAAUGCUAAAAGUAUAUAUCAUUUAUAUAAUGAAAGAUUAAUUGAUUUGAGUAGAACAAAAUGGAGGGCUAAUUGGUAUGAUAAAUAUUAAUACUAUUUUUAAGGAAUCAUGUGUUGAUUUAAAUAAAUUUUUAAAUUUUUAUUAUUUAUAUAUAAAUUAUAAUCCAUAGAUAAUCUAAGUAAAAAUUAUGUUUAAAUCUUCUUAUUUUGAUACAGUAAUUCAUUAAUAAAAAAAAUGGUAAAAUCAUUUUUGUUAAUCUUUUUAUUGUGUUGUUGUUCUUUGAAUAGGUUUUGUAAUUAUCAUCCAAUGGAUCCUUUAGCAUGCAUAAGUUAAACAGAAGGAAUAAUGUGUAAUUACUAAUUUUAAGUAAAAGGUCAAUUUAGUUUAUUUGAAAAUGCUUGUGUGCCUGCUCAAAGUACUAAUUUAGGAUGUAGUUCAUAAUUGAAUAAAAAUGCUUGUUUAAAUCAGCUUAGAAACAUAGAUGGAAAUGAAGCAAAAUGUAAAAAAUAAAUAUAAAAAUAGGUUAUUUUGGGACAAGAUGCGUUGAAGCAUAAGAACAUUAUUUAUAAAAUUUAGGUUGUUCGCCAUUAUUUAAUAGAAACUCUUGUGUAAAUGUAAAAGGUAAAACGUGUUAUUGGGAUGGAGAUUAGUGUAAAGAACUUAUGACUUAAUAAAGAGAGGCAGGAAAUUGUAAAUCAGCAUAUAAUGCACCUGUAACACCGAAAGCAUGUGCAUUAAUUGUUGGAAUUAAAUGCAAGAGUGGAUUAUUUGAAAAUGAUUACUAAUGUUUAGAUAUAUAGGAUACAGAAUUGAAUAUAUUAACUUGUAAAACAGAAGGUUUGAAUCAAGAGACAUGUUUGUAGAUUGUAGGAUAGAAGUGUAAAUUUAUAAUUAUCAUACUUAGGUAUAUUUAGGGAUAAUUAAUGUGAUAUAAGUUCUGAUAUAAAUAGUUGUGAUGAUUUAAUUAAUAAAGACUCAUGUCUAAGUAUUGUAUCUAUUGAUAUUACUUGUGUUUGGAGGCAGAAUAGAUGUUAAAUACUAGAAAUUGAUAAUUUGAAAAUCUGUGAAGAUUAUGUCAAUGUCAGUCCAAGUGUAUGUACUAUUCAAGAUGGAUAUUGCUAAUUUAAAGAUGGAAGUUGUUUUGUGCCAUUAUUACAUAAUUAAAAAUGCAAUGACUUAGGAUUAAGUAGAUUAAGUUGUUUAUCUAUUAAAAAUGAUAAUUGUACUUUCAUUAACAACAAAUGUGAAUAACUUAAUGUUGAUUAAUUGAAUUAAAUAUAAUGCAUUGAAUUAAAUGAAGAUGCUUGUGUUAAUGUGAAGACUUAAUUUUAAUUUUGUAAAUGGACAGGAUAAGAAUGUGUUGCAAUGUUUAUUAAUCAGGAUUUUGAUUGCCCAAUUUAGGAUGACAAUCAUAUCUUUAAAUUUAAUGGAAAUGUAUGCUAAGCAAUAUCUAAACCAGGCAUCAGAUGCAAGUACAAUGCUCAAACUCAUUUAUGUGAAAAAACAAUAGACAGUGACACUUGUAUAACCGCAUAUUUAAAUUUAAAUGCUUGUGUAUCGAUUUUAAAAUAAGCUUGUUAAUGGACAAACACUGGCUGCAAUUAUGCUACUAUAAUCCAAGAAAAAACAAAAUGCUUAGAUCUUGGAUAUGCAAAUUUAGUAGCUUGUUCUUAAAUAUUAAAAUCUGACGAAGAUGGAUGUUAUUUUGAUUUUAAUGCUCAAUAGUGUAGAUUAAUUGAUGAUUAAUUGGAAAAUGAAAUAAAAUGCUAAGGAAUGGGAUUGAAUAGAAUAGGUUGUGCAUCAGUUUUAACAGCUGGUCAAUUAUGUAGAUGGAAUAACAAUUAAUGUCAACAGAUUAAACAUAAGAAUGAUGUAUAGGCUAUAUAUUGUUUAUAAAUGUAAUAUGUAAAUCCAGCUACUUGUGCUUUAGUAGAAGCUGGUAAUGAAGUUUGUAGAUAUGAAAAAAAUGCUAAAGGAUGUGUAAAUAGUUUGGAUACUGAGACAAUGACAUGUUCAUUUCCAGGAUUAAAUGCAUAUGCAUGUGCUUAAAUCUAAUUAAGAAGUUGUUAUUACGAUAAGGAAUUGUGGAAAUGCAAAUAGAUAACUGUUUUAACUGCAAGCACAAUAGUAAAAAAGUAAACAGAAAAACUAUUAUUGUAUUCUGAUUGUAUUACAAGUUCACCAACGCCAGAUGUAUGUAGAUCAAUAACAAAAGCAAGUGCUAAAUGUACAUGGUUAUUUAGAGAGAGUAGGUGCUCUGAUUAGUAUGUUACAUACGAUGAAAGUUGUUUAGAUUAUAAUUCAGCAUAUGUUGGUAAGAGUAUAUUAAUUAAUGCUAAUGUAUGUGCUUCAAUAGAAAUGGAGUAGCCAGAUUAUGAUGCUUUAAAAGGACCAUUAAUAGAUAAAAUGAAAGGAUAUUGUAUAUUUGAGGGUGGUAAUUGCAAUGUUUUUAAAGGUAUAUGUGGGACUCCAUGUUGUACAGAAUUCAUAGGUAUUAAUUCUCAUGUAUGUGGACGAUAUUCUACUGGAUAAUAUUGUUAUUUUAGCAAUGAAUUAAAAUGCACAGAACUUACAUUAGAUGUUGUAGAUAUUACUAUUGAAAAAUAAGUUAAAGAUUAUUACAAUUCAUUGUAAUUGAAAUGCUCAUAAAUGAAUAAAAAUUCUUGUCAUAUGAUUGAAUGGUCAACUUAAUAAAGAUGUUACUUCAAUGAAAAUAUAUGUGUUAAUGUUAAUUUCAGUUCUUAUCCUAAUUUAGCUAUUUUUACAAAUGACACUGCAAUCCUUAAUAAAUAUGCUUGUUUGUCCAUAGAAGCUGUAUUAACUUAAAAAAAUUCUUCAAUGUUUUUUGGUUAUGAAGGAAAACAUUGUAAAUUAGAUCCUGAUAUUAAAGAUGUAACAGAUUGUGAAUCAACAGAAUUAAAUAGUAAUGCUUGUUAAAUAAAAUAUCCAGAUAUUUAUUGUAGAUGGUCUAAAUCAGAAUUGAAAUGUAAGAGUGUAGAUUCUAAUUACAUUCAGAAUUUAGAAUUUUGUGAUUAAAAUUUGAAUGAAUUUGCAUGUGUAAACAUAUUAAAGACAAGUUGUUUCUUUUCUUACAAGACGCAUAAAUGUACAGAAGCACCAACUUUGGUAGAAUGUAAAUAUUUUGGAUCUGAAAUUGGAACAGUUAGUAUAUUAGCAUGUAUGAAUAUUAAAUUAGAUGGUUAAAUCUGUGGAUAUGAUGAUAAAAAACAUAUUUGUACAGAAGUUAAUAUAGAUUCAGAAUCAUGUGAUUUACCUGAUGGUAAUUCUAUAGCUUGUUAUGCUAAAACUAAAGGAGAUUGUAGAUGGGAUGAUUAGGAAAUGUUAUGCUAUGAAAAUGAUAAACCUUUAAAUCAUUUAAAAUGUGAAGACAAUGUCAAUAAGAUUAUAUGUCUCAAAAUAACUAUUGAACCAUGUGAAUGGGAUAUUCUUAAAAUGAAAUGUCUUAAAUUAAAAAGUAAUCAAUUCUAAUUAAUAUUACCUAAUAAUUUAUAUAAUGCUGAAGCUUGUGUAUAAGUUUUUGGAGCUCCUUAUAAAUAUGAUCCAGAUACUCAUUUAUGCACUCUUAUUACUCCUGAUGAUUUUUAUAAAGAAUAAAAAGAUCCAAAAGAUAAACUUGAACCUAAUAUCUUAUGUGAUGGUACUAUGACUCUUAAUGUUGAUGCUUGUUUAUUUACUACUAUGUUACAAAAAUGCUAUUUCGAUAAAUCUUAAAGUGCAGAAAAAAGAUGCUCAACUUUUACUGGAAUCUAAACAUCUUGUGAUUCUCCUUAUCUAAUAAGUUUAUAAAUGUGUGCAGAUGUUCCACAAUCAUGUUAUUUUAUUAAAGCUACCUAUGAAUGCAAAUAUAUUAGAAUGGAAGAUUCAAUUAAAUGUAGUGAUUUAAGAGAUUAAUCAGAUUUAUAUUUAUUUAAUAAAAUAUCUUGUUCCUCUAUUAAUUAUGAAUUUGCAGAAUAUGGUGGAGAAAAGCAAUGUUUUAAAUCUGAUGAUGAUAAAGUACCAGAUGAAUAAUUUAAGCAAUAAUGUUAAAUAGAAAAAUAUUGUAAAUGGGAUCAAGAAACUACUACGUGUUCACUUAUGUCUUUGAAAAGUUUAGUUUGGAAAGAAAAAGAAGAUCCAGAAAAAGGAUUAAUAACUUGGUGUGAAGAUGAUCCCAUUAAUUUUGAGGAUGAUUGUUCAAAUAUUUAUAGUAAAGCUGCUUGCUUAUAACUUUCAUCUAUUUGUGCAUUUAAUAUUUAAAUGGGAGGCUGUUAUGAAAUUGAAGGAAAUGAAAAAUAAAUCUUAUCUUGUGAAGACAUCAUUGGUGAUAAUUGCACUAAGUCCAAAAAUCCAAACGCACCCUGUAUCGUAGAUGAUUCUAAAAAUGUUGUAUUCCCUGAUGUUGCCGAGGCUUGUUUGAAUUAUUCUAAUAGUGAAGAAUAGAUUUGUAAAUAAACAGCUCCUUCUAAUUGUGCAGAUGCUGAAAAAUUAGGAAGUGUAAGUCCUAUUGUAUGUAGUAGAGUUAGUGAUAAAUGCUAUUAUGAUAAAGAUAAAGAUUCUGGUAAAUGUUCUUCGGAUACAAAAAAGAAAAAAUGUGAUGAAACAUUUAGUUAACUUUCAUGUCUCACAAAUGGAUGUGAUUUUUCAUUAGGGUUUUGUUAAGAAGUGUUUUCAAAUCCAUCUUUUGAUAUAGAAUCUCCAUUUUAUCUUUACUAAUGUUAAUAUAUAAGUAAGUUGAAUACUACAAGUUUAAUUAAAAGAAAAGUUUGUGUAAAUAUGAAUUUUCCUUGUGCAUUUUAAAAUGAAUAAUGUGUUCCUGCAGCUUAAGCUUUAUGUUCAACUCUAAACUUAUUGCCUGUAUCUUAAUUAACAUGUCAGUAUUGUUUAGGAGGAUCAUAUUCUUAUGAUGCUUCUACAAAUUCUUGUAAUAUGUUAUUAACAUAAUAAUAAGGGUGUAAUAAUAUAAAUAAAGAUGGUUGCUACUUAAUGACAACAGGUAAGAAUUGUACAUGGAAUAAUAAUUAAUGUAUUGAAUAAAGUGAUUAAGAUGUAGAAAAAUUAAAAGAUUGUUCAUAAACAAAUUUAUUUGGUUGUCCUAAAGUUUCGAAUGCUUGUUGGAAAUCUCCUUCAACUAAAUUUUGUACUAUGGUAGAUAUAUACUCAACUUGUAAAUUGAUAAAAGAAUAAAAUGGAAAUGAAAAAGCUUGUAUAAUUAGUAAUUUGUAAUCUUGCUAUUGGUAAAACAAUGGAUGUGAAGAUUAUAAUUUAGAUAGUGUAGAUUGCACUGUUGCAAACAAAUUUGGAUGUUUAAAUUUAAGUAAAGUCGCUUGUGGAUGGUCUGAUGAAGAUUAAAAAUGUUUUCUAAUAAAAUAUUAAGAGGAUGUGACAAAAUGUACAGAGUUCUUUGAUUCUAAUAAGAAACUUAUAAAAUUUAAUUCUUAUUCUUGUUAAUAGAUAAUUGGAAUUCCUUGUUUUAGAGAUAGGACAUAAAAAUGUAAUGAAAUAGGACUAAAAGAUAAAAUAACUUGUAAUGCUAGUGGUUUAAAUUAAUUAGGUUGUUAUUUAAAAUCAACUGGUUAUUGUUAAUUUAUUAAUGGUUAAUGUUAAACAAUUCCCGAUUUAAGCAAAGUUAAGUGUACAUCUCCAAUAAAUUAAGUAGCAUGUUUUAGUUUAAAAUAAACUUGUAAAUUUGUAGAUAAUGAAUGUUAAGAUUAUGAUGUUAGUAAAUUUACAACAAUUGCAGAGAUUACAAUAGUCGAAACCUUUCGAUAUUCUCCAUCAGUUUGUAAAGCUUAUAAAGAAUUGGAAGGGAAGGCUUUAUAAUUAUUAUAUGAUGCCGUUAAUGGAUGUUGUAUAGAUGGUGAUUAAGAAAAACCUUUUAUUUAAAGUUGUAAUACAAAAGGAUUGAAUGAAUUAACCUGUUUAAAAUAAACAAAACCAGUUUGUUAAUAUUUAAAUGAAGAAUGUAAGACUUUAACAAGUAAAAUGAUCAGUGAUUCUAAGAUUUGUGAUCCAACAUUUAAUUGGAAAGCUUGUAUUUCAUUAACAUUAAAAUGUAAAUUUUAUUAGAAUAAAUGUUAAACAGUAACUGAUUCUGAAACUUGUGCUUCUUUAGCAGAUGUUAUGGCAUCACCAUCAACUUGUUCUAGUAGAUCUAAUGAUUAAUAGGGUUGUAUCUAUGAUACUCUUACAAAUAGUUGUAAAAUAUCUGAAUCUACAACCUUGUCUUGUAUUUAGAUUGGAUUGAAUAAAUUUGGAUGUACAAUGAAUACUGAUGAAGAAUUCUGUAGAUAUAAUAAUAAUACAAAUACAUGUAUAUCCACUUAUGAACCAAACUUAACAUGCCAAGAUAUUAUUAAUAAAAAUAAGUGUCUUUAUAUCAAAACUGCUAAAUAAUAUUGUAAAUUUGAUAAUGGAUGUACAGCUAUUAAUCCUCUUGAGGUUAUCUAAUGUUAUACUGCCACUAAAACUAAUCCUAUCACAUGUACUGCUGCAGAAUCAGUUGCAUGCAAAUAUGACAGAGCUACCUAAAUGUGUGUUAUUGUUGAGUCAGAUAUGGAUGAGAAUGAACCUUUAACUAAUAUGAUUAGUUUCAAUAAAUUAGCAUGUAUGAAAUAUCAAACAAAUAAUAAAUAAGUUAUUUAUACAACCUCAGGAUGUGUAGAAGUGGAUCCAGAAGAAUUACCUAAUCUUACAUGUGAUUCACCAGUUAAUUAAUUUACAUGUUCUUAAAUCACUAAUCCAACUUAAUAUUGUAUUUAUAAAGAUUAUAAAUGCUAAUUUAUUUUACCUAAAGAUAUCCCUAUUAAAACUUGUGCUGAUAUAGGUUAUGUUAAUUAAAAAGAAUUUUGUGAAUAAGCUGAAGAUGUAAAAUGCAAAUUUAAUUCAUUUACUAAAUAAUGUGAGGCUUUUGAUGAACCAAUAAGUUCUUGUGUUAGGGGAAUAAAUAAAGUGGCUUGUAUAGAAUUAUCAUCUUGCAGAUUUGAUUAAUUUUGUUUAGAAAAGACUGAAAGUUGUGCAGAGAGUUCAGAUUGCAUUAAUGUUAAAAUUUAACCUUGUACAUAAAUUAAUGAUGUUUGUUCUUUGACAACUGAAUUAGAUACUCUUAAUUGUGAUUAAGUAGUUAAUAAAUUUGGAUGCAUAUAUAUCUCGAAACCAUUUUAAUAUUGUAGAUUUUCAAAUUAAAAAUGUUAAUUAGAAGAUUUAAAUGAAUUCAAAAAUGAAGAAUGUGAAAAUAUAACAAAUAUCAAUUCAGCUUAUUUUUGUGAAUAACCAACUAAUAUUGCAUGUCGAUAUGAUCAAUUCCAAAACAGAUGUGUAGAAUCUUUACCUACAGAUAAUUUAGAUUGUAUAAGAGGUUUAAAUGAGUAUACAUGUCUUAAUUAUACAAAAUAAAGUCUUAGAUGCAAAUUUACAGAUUUUUGUUAUGGACCAACAUAACCAAUGUUUGAAUGUGAUAACACUUUAUUUGAUUGUUGUAACAAAGCUCCUGAUUUGAAUACUUGUUUAUUGUAAGAUAUAUUAGAUUGCUAAUGGAAUGGAAAUAAAUGUGUAAAAUAUGAAGAUCCAAUCACAACUUGUACUCUUACAAAUACUUCUAAACUCACAUGUACAAAAUCAACAGAUAAAAACUGUGUUUUAGAUUUUUCUAUAAAAUAAUGUAUUUAAAUAUUAGAACCUACAUCAUGUGAUUAAUUAUAAUCUGCAUAAUAAUGUUAAAUGGUACUCCAAUUACCCUGUGUCUGGAUAGAUGAAUAAUGUAAAUAUCAUGAAAUAAAAACUUAUGAAGAAUGUGCAGAUAUCACUUCUGCUUUUGGAUCCAUGCGAGCAUGUCUCAAUAUAGAAAGAUCUGGAUAAAUGUGUCAAUUUAAAGAUGGAUAAUGUUCUUCGUAUUAUCAUGAUACUGAUUAAUGUUUAGAUAAUAUAAAUAAAGUGGCUUGUAUUAGUUAAGCUACUAUUAAAUGCUUUUGGAAAGUUGAAACUGUUGAAAUCAAAAAACUUAAGACUUCCUAACCUAUAUCAAUAGAAUUUGGCACUUGUGUUCCUUUUAUUGAUCAUAUACUUACUCUUUGUAAUGAAAAUCUAAGUUAUCUAUCUUGCUUAUCUAUUACCACUCUAAAAUAAUAUUGUAAAUGGUUUAAUGGCAAAUGCAUUUCUUUAUCUGAAACCAAUUCUAUUGUCACUCCUUAAACUCAUUCACUUGUCAAUAUUAAUGCAUGUGCUCUUGUCAAUACAGAACCUGUCUAUUAUGAUUCUAAAUAACAACUUUGUCUCAAAGUUUAACCUACUCAUUCAAUUGCCUGUUUACCUCCUACUCCAGGAUUAAAUAUGAAAGCGUGUCUUACUAUCACCAAAUAAACAUGUAAAUGGAAUUUCGAUAAAUAGUAAUGCGAAUUUUCUAAAUCUAAAAUUAACAAGCAUCUUUGA